ACCAGGAAUGGCUCGUGUUUAUUUAUAGUUACACACGUGCUUCCCUUGGUAACUCUUUCGUUGCAGACGUAAUGCUUCAUCGGUGUCCAAAUCCAUCGGUGGAUGUGAGCUUUAUUUGCCGUAUUAUUUACACUCAGCAGGAAGGAAGAAAUGCUUAAUGCAGCUUUACUAGCUAGGACCUACAGAAAGGAUUCUUCUGCAGAACUUUUCCUUGGCUCCUACAGUGACGAAACCAUGUAAUCUGAGAACAGAUACCUCUUCUUAGGCAUGUCAUCAGCCAACAAGGAGAAAAAGCUCCCCAACAGCAGCCCAGAUGUUGAAAUAGUGUGGUAGCAUCCAGCAGAAGAGACCAAUCUCACUCACCACAGACAAGUCGUGUGUUACUCCGACUGCUCCUUAAGAAGGCACCAGAGUCUGUUGUAUUCUUCACAAUAUUUUGUCUGCAAACCAAGAAGGAUUUUAUUUAAGCAGAUUUACACUCCCAAGGUGCUGGAGACCUGGAAACCACAGGACAAUAUUUCAUUCGGUAAUGUAAAUAUCAUCAGCUUGUGGAAUGCAAAGGGUGGAUCCAGACGUCAAAGCAAAAUAUUCUUGCUGGAGUAUAGCUUGGGGGUUAUAAUCCUUAUACUCCUGUGACACCACGCUGUCAUAGAAUACAGUAUUCCAUUUCUUGCCUCCGGUGCUGGAGAGACGAACAAGUUACAAUGACUGGAAUUUAUCUCCUGUGGUUGGGAAUUGUGUGCAACCUAUGCUAUGGUUAUUACAAUGGACCCCUCCAGCCAGAAAUGUCCAAUGGAACUUUGCACCAUUACUUUGUUCCUGAUGGGGACUAUGAGGAGAACGAUGACCCCGAGAAGUGUCAGAUGCUUUUCAGAGUUUCAGAUGAAAGAUCCUGUCCAGGAGAUGGACAAGCUCUCUCCUUGAGAGAAGAAUUUAUAGUGAUAAAAAGGCACAUUGAAGAUGUGGAAAGAGCCAUUGAAAGCAUUGGUAAAAGCAUAUCUUACGACUUGGAUGGCGAGGAAAGUUAUGGAAAGUAUCUUGGAAGGGAAUCGUCUCAGAUAAGCGAAGCCUUCUCCAAUUCGGACAAAUCGUUGACAGAGCUGGAGAUCAAAUUUAAGCAGAGCCAGGAGAAUGAGAAGAACGAGUUGAAGGGGUUAAAUGACGACUUUGUGGAUAUGAUGAUCCACACUAGAGCUGUUCUGAAGGAAACCUUAGACGUCUCCCUGGGACUGAGGGAUAAACACGAACUUCUUUCUUUAACUAUUCGAAGUCAUGGUGCAAGACUAAGCAGACUGAAAAAUGACUACCUGAAGGUUUGAGAAGCUGGAAUUCAUUGUCCCUAUUAAUUUAUGCAAGUUGAUACAUAGCGAUGGGUAACGCUGUUCACAUAGUACAACACAGUUAUCCACUAAAGAUCUGUGUGACUCUCAAUCUGAAGAAGACCUCCUCUUAUUGGAGGUGAUACCAUGCCGCACUCAUGGUCCACCAGCCAACAGGCUCAUUCAGUUAUAGUAAAGGUCUAUUCACAUGGCAGAAUUUCCGCUUGCGGAAUUCUGCCUCAAAUUAAGGCUCAUAGACUUCUAUGGGAUUCCGCAUUUCUGCUUGCGGAAUUCUGCCUCAAAUUAAAGGCCAUAGACUUCUAUGGGAUUCCGCAUUUCUGCUUGCGGAAUUCUGCCUCAAAUUAAAGGCCAUAGACUUCUAUGGGAUUCCGCAUUUCUGCUUGCGGAAUUCUGCCUCAAAUUAAAGGCCAUAGACUUCUAUGGGAUUCCGCAUUUCCGCUUGCGGAAUUCUGUCUCAAA